CUGCCUUUGUCUGGAAUGGACUGUAGAGAGAUGGACUUUUAUGAAGAUUACCAGUCCCCGUUUGAUUUUGACACAGGCGUGAACAAAAACUAUCUCUACUUGUCUCCUAGUGGAAACUGGUCUCCAUCCGGAUCCCCUACUCUGCAGAAGUCCGAUUGGGCGCCCGUGUACAGCCACGGCAUGUUUGACUGUGAGCGCACUUUGCCUGUGACGUGCGGGCAUGUGACCUACUGCAAAUGUAACAGUCUUUGUAUAGAUGAUCUUCCUGGGACAAAAGGCCUCUCCACACGAGGUCCAUUUCCCUCUGUGGGUCUGCCUCUUGCCCUGUUUUUCUGGCUCAGCCUGUUGUCCUACUCCGUAGAAGAAGAAAUCCAGACUCUGUCUCAAGUGUUAGCAGCAAAAGAGAAGCAUCUAGCGGAGAUCAAACGGAAACUUGGGAUCAAUUCACUACAGGAACUAAAACAGAACAUUGCCAAAGGCUGGCAGGAUGUGACAGCAACAUCUGCGUAUAAAAAGACCUCUGAAACCUUACAUGUCUAUCUCUUUUUAAUGCUGCCUCUUAGUAUCCGCUCCAUUCAACAUUCAAUUAGCAUGCCUGCUAUGAGAAACUCCCCAACUUUCAAAUCAUUUGAAGAAAAAGUUGAAAACUUAAAGUCUAAGGUAGGGGGAACCAAGCCUGCUGGUGGGGAUUUCGGCGAAGUCUUGAAUUCAACUGCAAACGCGAGUGCCACCUCCACGGAGCCUCUUCCGGAGCAGACGCAGGGGGGCCAGUGAGGGGCUGACCCUGGCUGCCGCCCACUGCCAGCCGCUGCCAGCCGCUGCCAGCGGCGUCCAGGCACGUCACGUCAACACUCAUUGCCCUCAGUUCCCACCGGAUGUGCUUUUACUUAGCUUUACAUGUUCAUCUGACCAAAUAGUUUGUGGGUUGAACACAAUAAAAGAAUCUUCACCUCUGUUCCCUGGAAACACCCUUUCCUGUGCAUUUAAGGCCCCCGGUUUAGGAAACCCGUUAUAAAACCACGUGUAAUACCUGGGGAUCCUCACUAGAAUGACCCACGAAGCUUCAGGGUUCUAUCACUGCUUUCCUACUUUAUAAAAUUGCUCUAGAUCUGGGAUGUCAGUUUAAUCUUUGUCUUCACAAUGAUUUUCUUUGUUUUCUCUUUGAAUCUCCAUAUCUUUGAUUGCUAAGUGAAAUUUAAAGUCUUCGGAUUUCUGGUUAUUAAAAGUUUUGGCUUAAUUUUCUUUACCUUCAAGGAAAGAGUUACCAGCUACAAAAAAUAUUUUUGAGUAAAUGUUCUGGCAUAAGGUAUCUUCUAUCUUGUGUGUCUGAAGACAGCAGACUAAAUGCAUCAGCUCUCCAUCCAGGUUGUUAGAGUGACAACAUGAACAGCAAUUCAGACUCCUCGGUGACUUGAGAGUGGAACCAUCUCAUCCUUGUCACCCUUUGUGACAGUAACCACUUUAGUGUUUUAUUAUUAUGCCAUUUAUAUCAACUUAUUUUUCACAAGAUUAAAAUUUUAGUUUCAGAGUAAACUGCAAAAUAACAUUCGGAAUCGAGCAUACUGACAUUAUCGGUAGGUUGAAAUAUGAACACUCUCAACCAAUGUUCCAUUCAAAAGCCUGAAAGGUUUUUAGCUGUAAUAACGCUAAAAUCAAUCACCGUAGGGGAAGCAUUGCUGUCUUCAUUUAAUUCAUUCAGCACCAUUUAAAAAUAAGCACACGAAGUUGUUGUAUGACUAAUACAACCUGAAAAGAUUUUCUAUUAAGGGGUUGUUGGUAAUUCCUGAGGAUUAAAUGCAUUAAUGAAAACCAACUCAUUGUUUCUUACUUACUUGUUUUCAGUGUCUUAGAAAUUAUAAAAUGAUACUGCAGACAUUGCCCCCUAUUUUGAAAACAAUGGCAGGGCUGAAUGAACCAAAGCCUCUGCAGGUAUCUGCAUGGAGGCCAAGGUCCUCUAUUCUAAUAGCAACUUACUCAUCACUAUUACCUUGUCAUUAUUCUGUGUGUGGCUGUGGCCUAUAAUGUUGUAUUCGUUAUUUAUCAAGUUGUGAUUGUUUUAUUGUUUAUGCCAAAUGUAAAUUGCCAAGCUUGGAGUGACCCAAGGCAUUUUUUUUUUUUUAAAAGCAUGGCUAGAUUUACUUCAGGAUAAGUUAUCUUAUGAAAAACCAGAUUUGAAAAGCCACAAGUGUUGGUUGUUAUAAGUAACGUGCUGCCAUUCUUGAUUGCUAGAGCUUUUGUUAUAGCACUUUAGAUGCAACUGAAAAUAUGCUCUAUUAAAUGUGAAAAGCCUAAUAAAUUCUGUAUGUCAGUAGUAUAGGUCUCAAUAUUUAUUGUGAGACCAAUGGUCUGGAAACAGCUUGUAUUAAAUAAUCAACUGGUGUCUAUGCAAAACAACAAAAACAUUAUUUAUACUACCUGCUUUAAAUCACUGCUUAAUGGUGUUAGACUAACAUGUAAAAUCUUUCCUUAAAGAGGCUUUAAGGCAAAUGUCCCAAUUGUUGAAGCGUUGUCCUGGAGGGGUGGGUCUGUAGAAAUUUGUCUUUUUAUAGAACUACUCUGGUUACUCAACAUAACUGUUAUUUUUUUCUAACUAGUCUUUCAUUUGAAAAAAGAAAAUCACAUCAUCUUUUCAUUGCAUUGUUUCUUGGUGCCCUGCCCUGUACUAUCUUUCAACAAGACAGACUGGAAUAAGGUCGCAAGUUCUUUAGCUGAGUGAGAUAUACUCCGAUCUUUUUACUUUAUAGUGAGAAAUGAUAGCAUAAGGGUUGAAAAUGGGAUGGGUGUAUGUGGGUAUUGGUGAUGGUUGUGAAAGAAACUGGAGAAUCACUUUUCUAGACAUCUCCCUGUACUUAAUUUUAAAAUGAUUUAAUCUAUUGCAAAGUACUCUGCAUUUUAAAAGAAGUAGCAAAAAGUAGCAAGAGGAUGACUUUAGAAAACCAAAUGUGGACUUAGAAAUGUUAUUCAAAAUAGUCUUAUGGAAGAUUCAAUAUUACAAAUUCACAGAUAUUUCAGAAAUGUGGGUUAUCAUAGGAAUUACUAAGAAUACCAGAGCGGUCCUGGUCACUGUAUUCAAUUUUGUGUUUGACACUGUAAGAAAACAACUUGAGAGUGAAAUCUCAGACAGAUAUUGAAGAAUUCAAGAAGUGUAGUAGAUGAAAAUAAUCCCUGAAACUAACCCCUUUUUAUGAAAGAACGUCUUCACCUUACGGGGUUUGUGGAAAAUAAAGCAAGAGUUCUUAUGCUUAGGAGGCCAAAGGAAAUCAAUGAAAGAGAGUAGAAUUCAUUGGAUUAUCAUUUUAGUAACUCAAACUACUGAAAUAGAGAAAAUACAUCUUUAAUUUGGAAUCACUGUUUCUGGAUCUGUUAAAUGCACACUGUAUUUUUUUUUUGUAUCGUAUUUGAAAACAAUAAAAAUACUGUAAUUUGGGUA